AUUUUAUCCAAACACGCACACCAACGUUUUAAUUUACUACGAGUAGUACAUAUAACUCCAAUAUUAAAAAAAAAAAAAACAGGAACACAACAAGGGUGUUUGGUCCAAGUAAAGAUGAACCGGGUCGGGUUGGGAUUAGUGGGUUGGUUGAUGUUAGUAAGCUUAAGAAGUUGUAAUGGUGGAAUAAGUAGUAAGUAUGUAAGAAGUAAUGACAUUAGUGCUGAUAUGCCAUUCAGCAGUGAUGUUUUUGCACUUCCUCCUGGUUUUAAUUCCCCUCAACAGGUACACAUAACACAAGGGGACCAUGAAGGGAAAGGGGUGAUUAUUUCUUGGGUUACACCAGCAGAACCUGGUUCAAGUGAAGUAAUUUAUUGGGCCGAGAAUAGCGAGCUCAAAAGCAGUGCAGUAGGAACCUUUGUCACCUACAACUACUACAACUACAGCUCACCUUACAUCCAUCAUUGCACCAUCGAGAAUCUUGAAUAUGAUACAAAGUACUUUUAUGAGCUGGGGACAGGAAAUGCCACACGGCAAUUCUGGUUUAUCACUCCUCCUGAAGUUGGCCCGGAUGUUCCUUAUACUUUUGGUCUUAUUGGGGAUCUUGGUCAAACUUUUGAUUCCAACCGGACUUUGACUCAUUACGAGUCAAACCCAGCAAAGGGGCAGGCUGUGUUGUUUGUGGGUGACCUUUCUUAUGCUGAUGCAUAUCCGUUGCAUGAUAAUAAUAGAUGGGAUUCAUGGGCAAGGUUUGUAGAAAGAAGUGUAGCUUACCAACCAUGGAUUUGGAGUGCAGGGAACCAUGAAAUUGAUUUUCUUCCCGAGUAUGGUGAAGGUGAACCAUUUAAGCCUUAUACACAUCGGUAUUAUGUGCCAUAUGAAGCAUCAGGAAGCACAUCUCCUCUUUGGUACUCAAUCAAGAGAGCUUCUGCUUACAUAAUUGUUAUGUCAUCUUAUUCAGCUUAUGGAAUGUACACACCUCAGUAUAAAUGGCUCAUAAAGGAGUUACCCAAAGUGAACCGAACUGAGACACCAUGGCUUAUUGUUGUUAUGCAUUGUCCGUUAUAUAGUACCUAUGUGCAUCAUUAUAUGGAAGGGGAAACAAUGAGAGUGAUGUAUGAACAAUUUUUUGUCCAAUACAAAGUUGAUGUCGUGUUUUCAGGGCAUGUUCAUGCCUACGAACGAACCGAACGCAUAUCAAAUAUUGCCUACAAUAUCGAAAACGGGUUAUGCUCUCCCAGAGAUGACGAAAAUGCCCCUGUUUACAUAACCAUUGGUGACGGAGGAAACCAAGAAGGAUUACUUUAUGAAAUGGUUGAUCCUCAGCCAAUGUAUUCAGCAUAUAGGGAACCGAGCUAUGGGCAUGCUACAUUUGAGAUUAAAAACAGGACUCAUGCUUAUUAUGCUUGGCAUCGUAAUCAAGACGGUUAUGCUGUGGAAGCAGACUCAUUAUGGUUUUACAAUCUUUACUGGAAAUCAUCACAAAAUUCCUCAACUGCAUCUUUCUGAGUAAAUUUUCAAGAUAGUAAUUCAUUUCACAAACGAUAUUCAUGCUCGAGUUAUCAUCUGUUACUUACCUUGGCAUUUCGAGUCAAUGUUCUACAUAGUAGAUAUGCGGCGGGGGUUGUCGAUGACUUUCAGAGUUUCAGUUAAUGAGGUAUUGUGUGUGCAUUUCGGAAACACUUAUGCAGUUUUAAUAAAGGUUUAAUCUAUAAUAGUAACAUAGUUUCAGUUUGUAUGAAUAAGGGUUUUAUAAAUUAGGGAUGAGUAUGUGGUACCAGGUAUCGGUCGUCCCGGAACUGCAAACUAGUCCCCAAUAUCUUGGUGUAAGGGUGUCAAAAAUACCCAUAUCCUAAUAAACCGACCCAACUGUCCCAAAUGGAUUUGGAUCAUACAUGUCAUCUUAAACAGGUUAAUGUUUUGUAUGGUUAGGUAUAUGGGUUAAACAUUUCAAAGA